UUGAACUCACAAACAGCUCUUCCGGGAGAGCGUUUCUUCAGAUUAAGGCAAGCUCUCAAAUACCCAAAAACCCUAAAAUAAGUAUCUAAAAUCAAAAUUAAAUUCCAAAAGCUCAAAUCCUGAACCGAAACCCUAAUCCUGAAAUCCUUCGAUUUUAUCGAAUCGGUUCCCUUUCAAAACCCUAGUUCGUUCCUCUUCGUCGAAGAUGGACAUCGAGCAGAGGCAAUCGGAGCUCAUCGAUCACUUCGUGAAGCAAGCCUCUGCCGCCGCCAACGCUGCCGCACUCGCUUCCGUCCUUGUCGAAGCCACUUCUCAUCCUUCCCUCUUCGCUUUCUCCGAGAUUCUCGCCCUCCCCAAUCUUCUACAGCUUGAAGCAACUGAGAAUGCAGUCUACCUUGAUAUGCUUCGGUUGUUUGCACAUGGAACAUGGAGUGAUUACAAGAGUAAUGCUGAUCGUCUUCCACAAUUGAUACCUGAGCAGAUCCUAAAGCUUAAGCAACUUACAGUUCUUACACUGGCCGAGACAUACAAGGUACUACCCUAUGACCAACUUAUGCAGGAGUUAGAUGUUACCAAUGUUCGUGAACUUGAAGAUUUUCUAAUUAAUGAAUGCAUGUAUGCGGGAAUUGUCAGAGGAAAGCUGGAUCAGUUGCGGAGAUGCUUUGAGGUCCAAUUUGCAGCAGGUAGGGAUUUGAGGCCUGGUCAACUGGGGAGCAUGAUACAGACUCUCUCUAACUGGUUAUCUACGUCAGAAAAUCUGCUUGUUUCAAUUCAAGAGAAGAUAAAAUGGGCCGAUGCUAUGAGUGAAAUUGACAAGAAGCACAGGAAGGAUGUGGAAGAGAAGGUAGAAGAAGUGAAGAAGUCCAUUUUCAAGGAUGGUUUUGUUUAUAAAGGUCUUACUUACGUCGUGGCAGAAGUUACACCCUAUAAGCAGGCCGACAUUGACUUCAGAGGUCAUGAGGAGAUCUGCUCUGAAUCUGGUGGAGUGAUGGAUUAUGAAGAAGACCGAAGCCGACCAAAGAGGAGGCGGCAUCCAAUAUCUUGAAGAUUGUAGUAGAUAAAGGAGCUCCUUGGAUGGGUGUUUUAAUAGCUUGCCUGACUUUUAUUCAUGGCAUGCGUCAAUUGAGAAAAUAUCAGCUUUUGGAGAUAAGUACACCUAUCAUCGAUUAUCGCACUUGUCUGUCACACCACCAAGCCGAGAUAGGAACAAGGGAUAAAAGGUGGAAAAACCUGUUUAUUUCUUCAGGGUUGUAUUUUGGAAAUUGAUAGUUUCUUGAACCAUUGUCAAUCCUAUAUUGAGUUGGCAAGAACAAGCUGAGAUGGUGGUGCGGCUUUUGUUUUUGGUUGCUAUAUGCUAAACUGCUUUUCUUUGUAUUAUGCUUAGUAUAUGCUGGCCCAAUUGCAUUGCUUUACAUUAUGGUGAUUAUAUAGUCCAAUAUUUAGAUACAUAUUAGCAUAAAAGGAUGAUGACA